AUGUCAACGGAAAAAAAAUCAUUGGUGAUGUCACCGAAAACGCAACUAAUAGUCAAAUUGGUACCUCCGGAUGGUGGCUGGGGAUGGAUGGUUAUCAUAGGUACUGCUCUUAGUAAUAUUUUCAAUCAGUCAAUGCUAUCAUUAUUUAGCCUGUUAUACGGAGAUGCACUUGAGGCUAUGGGGCAUGAAACGCAGGGAGCUGCUUUAGUAUUAAGUACAAUGUUAUUUGUUUCGAAUUUUGGUGGCCCCAUCGCUGGCGCAAUAGUUAAGUUGACGUCCACGAGAUUUGUGGCUGUAAGUGGAGCAAUCUGCUGCACUAUUGGAAUAUUUUUCAGUGGAUUCUCAACGAAUAUAUUUCAUUUGGUGAUUACUUACGGUGUUUUACUAGGUUUGGGUUUGGGUUUUAUCCAAAACUCCUCAUUUGUGGCUAUAAAUAGCUACUUCAAGCUAAAGAAAAGCCGUGCUGUGGGUCUCGCUAACGUGGGCACAGGUGUGGGACAGACCUUAAUGCCUCACUUAGUGAGGUAUCUUUUGGAACAUUACGGGUUUCGUGGUGCGUGCUUGCUAUUGUCCUCGUUGAGUUUACAUGGGAUAGCGGGGUGUAUGUUAAUAGAACCCGUAGAACGUCAUAUGAAAAAGGUAGUAGAAGAAGUAACAGUAGAUGAAACUCAACAUCUAUUAAAAGAAAAUUCAAAGGAUAUUGUUCUUAGAAAAAUAUCACAGUCAAAUGGUGAUGUGGAAAAAAAGGAAAAUGAAUAUCGCCGGGAUAGUAAAACAUUUAAUAAUAAAGAGCAGAAUGCUGAAAAGAUAAAAACAGAAGCAACUGAUCAAAAUGAAAAAAAUAUCAUUACUUCUAAAAUGGACAAAAAAUCAAGCCUAUUCAGAAAACUGCAUGAUUUAUUUGGCAUCGCACUGUUGUCCGAUAUAAGAUUUAUCAACAUAGUGAUGGGUACAGCAUUAGCUGUUACUUCUACACAGAAUUUUAGUAUGCUUUAUCCAUUCUUUUUGCAGAAUUAUGCAUCAAUGGAUAAGCAGCAGACAGCAAACUGUAUGUCAGCAGUGGCAGCUGCAGACAUAAUGGGUCGUCUAAUUUUACCCAUAUUCCAGGACAAAUACAAAAUAAAAGCCAGGUGGAUGCUUAUAAUGACUUGCAUUUGGUUAAUCGUAACUAGACAGAUUUUAGCGUACCAGACAAAUUUGGAAGUUUUACUUGUGAUGUCAGCCCUUUAUGGAUUUGGAAGAAGUAUGAUCAUCGUCGCUAGGAAUAUUGCGAUAUCUGAAAACUGUAGUUUGGAUCAAGUACCUGCUGCAGUGGGCUUAGGAAUGUUAACAAUGGGUAUUAUCGUACCACCAGCUGGUUAUUUUCUUGGGUGGAUUAGAGAUUUCACAAACAGCUACAUUGCUUGUAUUACGGCCCAAAAUGCUUUGUUAGUUGUACUAUUAGUAACAUGGAUUCCUGACAUGCUGUACUUACAAAUGAAAGCUAAGAGACAAAAGAAAGAUAACCUUGAUUACAUGUCGUAG